AUGCUUCAUCUAAUAAUAUCUGCCAUCCAGGCGGUUUUACAAGUUAUGUUCAUCGUCAUCUUUGGAUAUGGUCUCACAAAACUUGAUUAUUUUACCCCAGAAAAACAAAAGUGGUUGUCAAGGCUCAACCUGGUAUUCUUUACGCCAUGCUUGAUGUUCAACAAUAUCGCUUCCGUUAUAUCAUUCAACAAGCUGCUCACACUAUGGCCAAUCCCCGUAUUUUAUUUCACGUUCACUCUACUAGCCUAUCUAAUUUCUCGGCUAGUGAUGCGUUUUACGCGUCUUGAUCCUUACUACCGUCCGUUUGUACUCGCCUGUGCCAUGUUUGCCAACACAAAUUCUCUUCCGGUAGCCAUCAUGUCGAGUCUGGCAGUGUCCGAGGCAGGCAAGGUUCUCUUUUGGAGUGCAGACGAUACCCAAGAGACAGUUUCCGCAAGGGGUAUCUCUUAUAUCCUAUUCUUUUCAAUGUUCUGCAAUUUUGUUCGAUGGUCUUAUGGCUACAGCUUAUUACAAAAGCACGACAGUGACGACAGUAGUAGCUUAGAUAAUAAGGAUGAAGAAUCUGUAUCACCUUAUGGUGCGACAUCAUCUCGCUCCCUAUCGUCCCUAUCGUCUCUCGACAGCGAAGUUGAGUACAGCAAGAAAAUUGACAGACGACGAAGCUCCCACACCAUCGCGUUUAAUACGUCCAAAUGUCUGAAAGGCGAAACCCAAUCUCUACUUUCGUUUCCCAAUAUCGACCUUGACAAUCGUUCGGUGUCUACUCAACACUGGGUUAACAAACACAUUUUCAGCAAAGUCGUGUCCGUGGCAUCGACUUUCCACAGUUAUAUGUCCCCUCCUUUGUAUGCAGCAUUUUUCGGCCUUUUGAUUGGUCUAGUGCCUUCUUUUAAGGAUCUGAUGUACAACCGCAGUGGGUUCCUUUAUCCUUGUCUCACUAAAGCAAUCGAAUCCUGUGGUCGAGCUGCAGUACCCCUUACAAUGGUCUGCCUUGGCUCUCAGCUCACUUCUAUUGCCGAAUCCCAGGCGCCAACCGAAACAAACUCCAAGAAACCCGUAUCUCUUGCCAUUCUCAUCAAGAUGUUCAUUGUUCCUCUAGUGGUCAUUCCAAUGGUCAUCAUGUUUGCUCUGUACGGCAAAGUAUUAUCUGAUGUUGCUACAGAUCCUUGUUUCCUUUGUGUAAUGAUCUUGGUCAGUUGCUCACCAACUGCAGUAAAUCUUUCGCAAAUCACACAAGUCAGUGGGAUGUACGAAGAAGAGAUGCUACGAUUAUUGUUCUGGAGCUAUGGCGUUUUUUGUGUACCCGUUUGUACUUUUGUGGUAUUUAUUUCGCUUCUAAUUGUAGACCAUCUUUUAUAA